UUCGGCACUUGUAUCGGAUCGGUUUGGAUCGGAUCGGUUCUGGCCGGGCCUGGACGCCGUCCGAAUUCGUGGAAGCCGUAAAAAGUCUUCGGGGAGUGGGUCGCCAGCAUCCAACACUCAACACUCAACAAGCAUUCAGGUCCGAGUCUUCAACUGAGCAUCCUAAUAGCCCGGCGACCACGACGACAUCCAUCAAAGCGUUUUUAUGACGUUCUUGCUUGAAAUUUGAUUAAAAUUCAGCGAUUAACUAAGCAGCAGCCGAGGCAACGGGACGAAAAACGAGUAAAAACUAAAAACAAACAACAAACCACCAACCACCAACAGCAAAUAAACCAAAAUACUUUACGGAGGCUAAGCGACUAACCGAACGACUACCGAUCGAAUCGGCUUGGAUCGUAUCGAAUCACUUUCGGAUUGAAUUGGAUUGAAUUGAAUUGUUGAUCACAUUUCAGCCAUGCCGCAUACAGGUCAAGCCGGUGUCAACCAACUAGGAGGAGUCUUUGUGAAUGGCCGUCCUUUGCCGGACUGCGUGCGUCGAAGGAUCGUGGAUUUGGCCCUGUGUGGAGUGAGGCCCUGUGAUAUAUCCCGCCAGCUUCUGGUUUCUCAUGGUUGCGUUUCCAAAAUAUUGACGCGCUUCUAUGAGACGGGCUCCAUUCGACCAGGUUCCAUUGGCGGGAGCAAGACCAAGCAAGUAGCCACGCCCACCGUGGUGAAGAAGAUCAUCCGCUUGAAGGAGGAGAACAGCGGGAUGUUCGCGUGGGAGAUUCGGGAGCAACUCCAGCAGCAGAGGGUCUGCGAUCCCAGUUCGGUGCCCUCGAUAAGCUCCAUCAACCGGAUUCUUCGGAAUAGCGGUUUGUGGACGGAUGAGAUGACCUCCAGUCAGCAGAAUGCGGCAGCUGCGGCGGCGGCGGCGGCAGCAGCUCAUCAAGCGGGCAGCGGUCCAUCGAAUGGAUAUGGCGGCCCCCAAGCUCCUCCCCCGUCGGUUACCCCAGUGGCCCCGCCCACUUCGGCAGCCACGCCCUCCGUGGCGCGGUAUGCAAAACCACCAUCGUUGAUGAUGCCUGCCGCCGGCGAGAUGCCGCUCAAACCCGCUCCCAAAAUGCCGCCCACCAUGGGACCACAUGGCCACAAUCACAAUCCCAAUCACGGCCUGAAUCCCAGUGUUUCUGGCCUGGAUCUGAGUUACUCGGCCCUGCACAAGCACUGGCUGUGGAAUCCCUCCCUGCUCUACUACACCCAGGCGCACAUUCAGGCCCAGGCGGCUGCCUCGGGUGGCCAAUUCCUGCCCUAUGCCGGCGGCUAUUUGCCCCACGCCAUGGCAGCGGCGGCCGCCUCCUCAACAUCGGUUAUGGGUGGCUUCACCAAGUCGGAGAGCUCCAUCGAUCUCUCUACCCCCGGUGCCGCCGGGGAUGCACUCAGCGAUUGCGAUUCGGGCAAAUCCUCGCCAGCGGCCCUCUCACUAACCGCUUCGGGAGGAGGAAAUGGAGGUGGAUCCGCUCCAGAGGCUUCUUCUCCGGGCUCGACGCUCAGUCACAGUCGCAAACGGAAUCCCUACUCCAUCGAGGAGCUGCUCAAGAAGCCGGAGAAGCGAUUGCGACUCGAUAGCAAUCGAUUGGAGUGCCUGGAGUCGAGUUCCUGUGAGAGCAGCCAGGAUAGUCCGGUUCCUCCUGCCCUGGAAGUCCCUGAGGACGAGGAUCCCGCCGAGGGAGAGGAGGAGCGGGAGGAGGAGGAGGAGGACUGCAGCGUGGAGGUGGUCAACUGA